GAAAAAUCCGGAGGCGUUUGAGGAGGAAUCUGCAAAUGCUGGAGCACGCCGCUGCUGUACUUCGGCUAAAAUCUUCCUUCUUCCAAUAAAGAAGCUAAAACAAUGGGAGUGACUGCUCUGUGGCAAAUCCUCGAGCCUGUGAGACAACCUGUCCACCUGAGUAGUCUCAAAGGCAAAACACUUGCUGUUGAUUUAAGUUUAUGGGUUUGUGAAGCACAGACUGUUAAAAAGAUGGUUGGAGUAGUUACCAAGCCACAUCUCAGAAACCUAUUUUUUCGGUUCUCUUUCUUCACAUCAAUGGGAAUUAAACUAGUGUUUGUCAUGGAAGGAGAGGCCCCCAGGUUGAAAGCAGACACCAUGAGCAAGAGGAAUGAAGUGCGCUAUGGUCCUCCAAAGAAAGCUGGAGCUGCAAGAACAGGGAGAUCUUUAUUUAAAGCCAUGUUAAAAGAGUGCCUUGAACUGCUGGACUGUUUAGGUGUCCCUUGGGUUCAAGCAGCUGGAGAAGCCGAGGCAAUGUGUGCCUACCUAAAUGCAAAAGGAUAUGUUGAUGGCUGCAUUACCAAUGAUGGAGAUGUUUUCUUGUAUGGAGCUCAAACAGUUUAUAGGAACUUUGCCAUGAAUGCUAAGGAUCCACAUCUUGACUGCUACACAAUGUCCUCUAUUAAGGAGAAACUUGGUUGUGACAGAGAGUCUUUGAUUGGGCUAGCAGUUCUUCUGGGCUGUGAUUAUCUUCCAAAAGGAGUUCCAGGAGUUGGGAAAGAACAAGCUUUAAAGUUAAUUGAGACUCUGCGAGGUCAAAACUUACUGCAGAGGUUUGAGCAAUGGAAAGAACAAUUUCAGUAUGAUGAUAAUCCACCUUUGGUUGUUAAAAGAGUAAUUCACUGUUCAGAGUGCCAUCAUCCAGGGUCUUACAAGGAACAUGAGCAGAGUGGAUGCAAAUUCUGUGAAAGCAUGAGAUGCUGCAAACCCAGUGAUCCCAAACACUGCUGCCCUUGUGCAUGGCAUCAGUUGGAGCGAGUGAAACAAGCAAACGCAGUGGAGGACAGUAUCAGAAAAAAAGCCAAGAGCUGUGAGGGYUUUCCAUUCUCCGAGGUUAUCCAAGAGUUUCUUGUAAACAAGAAUAAAUUGAUCAACCUAAAGGAAUGUCGAAGGCCAAAUUUAUUGUCCUUUCAGAUAUUUGCUUCAGAGAAGAUGGAAUGGCCCAAACAUUAYGCUUGUAAGAAACUUCUAGCACUUUUGACACGUUAUGAUAUGAUCCAGAGAAAAUCUGGAUACAUUGACUCAAAACAACUGCAGGCAAUAAGGAUUGUUAAGACACGUGUUAAAAAUGGAAUUCCUUGUUUUGAAAUUGAAUGGCAAAAACCAGAACAUUAUGUUGAUCCAGAAGAUGAGCCUGUGGAGUUGUUUGUAGCUACAGUAGAAGAAGAGUCUUUAUUUCAGGCUGCUUAUCCUGAUAUUGUUGCCCUCUAUCAAAUCGAAAAGUCAGAAGUUCUUCAGAAGAAACAGAAAAAAAGGAAAGACAAACCAGAAGGAAAGGAAUUACCAAAUGCUUAUGAUGAAGUUACCAAUCUCYUGUCUCAAAUUAAUUUAAAGCCUACAUACAGAGUUCUUUCUGUGCAACACUCCACAUCAGAUACAAAAGCUCCCCCAGAAGAUCAGACACAGCAGAGAAGUACUGGAUCAAAAGAUGCAGCAUUAGCUGCAGCUUCCUGUGUAACAACAGUUCAUAUGCCAGCAUCAGCAGCUGCUCUUGCUGACUCAUCCCUGCCCUCACAAUGCACUGAGUAUUCAGGGAUAUCAUCCUCUUCUUCUGUACCAGCUGAUCUGCAACUGGGCAGUGCUGAUGGGAARGGAGCCUCCUUCAGCUCUUCACCAGCCUGUGGAGGUGAUGACCAUGAUCCAGCAGCUCACUUAACUGCCUGCAUAAAACACUCACAUCCACUGGGUCACAAACCAGUAAGAAAUAGCUCAGAAUAUUCUGAUGUUACUCAGUCUGAUACACAUUCUGAUAGUGAAGAUGAUUUGGUUUCAAGUGAUGCUAUGGGACAACUUCAUAAGUGGUCAUUAAGCGAGCGAAUACUUCAAAAAGUUCCCAUUUCAUCACAGCCUUUGUCUGAAGAUGUAAUGCAAGUGGAGUCUUUGAAAUGUUUUAAACAAACAAAAGAACCAUUGAAUCCUCAUAGAAAUCAUGUCUCUUCCUCAUGUCAGUUAGGUAAACCUGUGCAGGAAAGUAAAAACGUUCUAUCAAAAAAAUCUGCAAGUGAAUCCAGAGUACAUAYCUAUCAAGAUGAGAACAAAAAAGCUGACAUCCUGGCUGAAAUGAUGCAAAAAGACCCUUAUAUAAAUGGUUCAACAUCUCUAGCCUUCAGUGGGCAAACAACAGAGACACUUCAUCCUGGGUAUGAAAUACAUCCGGCAUCUCAAAAACCAGCAGAUGCAACUGGCUGUCACRUUAAAGAAGCUUCCAUUGAAACUGCAUGGAAAGCUUCUUCUAAAAAGAGUGUGUGUCAGAACAAAUGCUCUUCUAGCGAAGACAGUGAUGAUGGACACUUGGAUAAAAUGCUGGUUCAUGAGCAGUGGAAAAGACAACUGAACCCUGCCCAGUUUAAAAAAUCUUUUACAAAGAAAAGGAGUACUGUUGUUACCAGCAAAAGGACAAACAGUGACUCAGCCCUUACAAUGAAAGGGAAAGAUACAACGACCAAUUUAAAGAAAGCUGUUAAUAGUUUCUCAGUGCAAGUAUCUCUGAAACCAUCUUCUGCAGAGGCAAUUAAUUGUUCCCAAAGUCCAGAGCAACCAGUUGAGAGACUGGGUUCUGAUCCCACACAGCAAGACAAAAGCACUGUUCUGGCUUAUGCAUGGGCAGACAGUCCCCUUCCCCUGUCUGAAAGACUUAAAGGAAGAAUCAAAAGCAAUUAGUUCUCUGUAAAAUAGAUUAUGAUAACAAUUCAUUAUCAGUUAACUGUCAUUUAAUUGACAGUUGAAGAUUUCUUUCUCAAAAUUUCUGCAGCACACUCUGUCAUUUCUAUAUGGACGCAGUUUUGGUGAAUAGGAAAUACURUCACUGGAGCUGAAGUUUGAAACUAAAAUGUUAACAGAAGUACCAAAUAAUUGAUUGUAGGCAAGUACCAGUGAUUCUGGGUGUGUUUACAUCCUGAACUUGAUACAUAAGCAUCAGGAUACCAUAUGCAAGGAUGAAGGAGAUCUGUCUAAGAAAAAGGUUUUUAUUCCCAAACAAUUGUGAGGAUUUUGUGUACAGCUAUUAGUCUUGCUUAUAAAAACRGGCUUACUAAAAUAGUGCCUGCAGUGCUGUUGGAUACUCUUAAUGAGAAAAAGUAAUGCAGCAUUUUGAAACUGAAAUUCUCCAUUCUGCUCCAUUGACUUAAUUUUGCAAGUUUUGAAAUGGAAUUUGACAUCCUGUGUUUUCUGGUUGUGUUGACGAUCUCUGAAGGACCAGAUAGAGACCCACAGCAGAUAUACCUUGCAGGGUAGCUGAAUUUAUAUCUAUCAUGCCCCGUAAKAAGCUAUUCUUUAGGUAUGUACAUCUUCCAAAAAGUGGAAUAAGCCAUGUAAGGAUACUCUGGUUUUGUAGCUGUCAUAUCUAUUAGUUAAGAAAAUUUGAUGACUGUUUUAAUUAAGCACUUAAAGUUUAGAGCAUUUUUUCUUAAAGAAGGUUGAAAUCCUAUCUAACRUUCACUUCAGUUCAUAAUAGAGUGAAAGUUACAGAAAAUCUAAUUAUGAUGUGGCAGAUUCUUUGAAUAAUAUUGUGUACAUGGGGKUUUUUUAAAGGGGAAACUUGAGUACAAAAUUACAGUUUGGAAGGUGCUCUUCCUACUUUAUUAUAGGAGCAAUCUCUGUUCAUACACCAAUCUUCAACAGUUACCUGUUGAAGGAAUGCCUCCUUGUCUGUAUUUAAGUGUUUGUAACUUUUGCUGUGCAGCAGCCAAAAGGAAGGUGACUCUUGCCAAGAUAUAUUGUUAACAAUAGAAAUUGAGGAUAUCUAUGCCUUAGUGAAAAUGUCAGUUCUUCAUAAUGGCCAAGGACCAAGUUCAGAGGCUAAAUUCUAGAUGUAUUUAAGGAASACAUAGGUAGCCUGUAGAUAAUAGUCUGUAAUUAGCCAAAAUGAUAGUUUCUUAGUUUACUCUGUGGGCAGAUAGAAAAUUUUUAUUUAUAUUUGAUUUUUCCAAAUGAGAAAUGUAUUCUAGAAAUGAGAAAAGCAUCAAAAAUAUUGGAAACUUACUUUCAGUUUUGAAGAUGAUCUUUGUCUUCUGAAGACUCUUAAGCACCGAGCUGAUGUGAGAGGGUAGCUGGAAGAAUAGUAUUGUCAAGGAGAGUAGGUGUCACCUGGGGACUGCAAAUGGAGAGAUUCAUAGCAUGACAGAAUGCUGGGGUUGGRAGGGACCUUAAAAUCAUCUAKCUYCAACCCCCAUUCCAUGGGCAGGGAACCAAUCCUUAUGGAGUGGUCAGUAAUGGAGAGAUCUSAAUGGAGUUUUUUGUGRAAAACCAUUGUUCUUGGUUAUGUAUGAAUUUUUUUUUCCCCUUGCUGAUGAUUAUGAAUACUGAAAGUUGAAAUCAAGUGUUUAAAUUUUCAUUAAUAAAAAUGCCAACAUCAUGCAAAUAAACUUUCUACUGUUCCCUCCCAGGGUAUGRGAAUGUCCUCUUGGGGGGAUCAUUCCAUUUCACCCACAAUGUGUGAAUUUCUGUGGUUUAGAGCUUUCUGUAGAAUUGGGGCAYCAGAGUGGUUUUUGGAGGCAAUUUUCUUUGUUUUCCAAAUCUGCUGGGAAUGACUGCCUUAUUGGAUGAGGAAAUGAAAAUACUGUGUCAGAAUUAUGACAAGUUCAUAUUUUGUGGAUGAUGAAAGUCAGAAAUGAGGURAGAACUGCAGAGGAAAAAAAUAUUGUGUUGCUGAUUUUUCCUACUAAUUUGGUUUCGCAAGAACAGUUCAAGCAUGAAAAGCAGAAAAUUUUMUAAUUUUUUCAUAUGUAAUGCAUCUACUUUUUGUGCCAUUUUUCUGCCACUACUUUAGAAGCAGCAAUAGAUGUGAAAAAACAACUGUGUAGGAUGCUCCCUUUUAUUUAGGCUGUAGCUGCUCACUGCAGCAAAUAAAAACAUUUAUUAUUGGGGUUGACUGUUGCUAGAAUUAAACUUGUGAUUCAUUACUGAAGGGUAAUUACAGAUUUUAAAGUGUUUUGGUUUCUCAUCUUUAUGUAAUUUACUCAUUSUGAAGAUUAGGGAUGAUUUUUCUUUGGAGCUUUCUACUGUGCUGACUGCUCUGCAACCUCUCACACUUGUGAGAAUGAUGUUUAAAUAAAUUCAGGGGGUGUAACRUAACUUUUUUCUGCAGGGAAUAUUUCUACAGGAUUAUGUUUAACUGUCUGUAAAAAUAAAUCAAUGGAUGCAUCAAC